UGCGAGCCUACGAGUACUGCACGCCUACAUGUCACUGUCAUUUCUUCUCCUCCUCUCAUAGUCUGCAGCUACUUAUCCACUCUUCUUGGAAAGAUCAACAGACGACGCCAUCUCCAAUCCACAAGCUAGAUCUGAUCGAUCGCCCAUGCAUGGCUUCCCUGGCCAUGCUUACCAUCAACGCCACUCCACAUGUCUCCCGGGGCAGCAGGCCACGACGACCUGACAUCGCCGUGUCCAGGCGGAGAUCCUGCUUGCUCUGCCAAAGCCGGCUUCCGUCCGAGCCGCCGGCCAGCGGCGGCGGCGGCGGGGAAGGUGGAGGCGGGAAGAAGGGCCCGUGGUGGGCCGCCACGGCCGAGAGGCUGCGCGGCGACGUGGUGAAGGCGGGCAUGGCGGCGCGGGAGAGCCUGAGCCCCAAGCAGAAGGGAGACUGGAAGGACGUCACGCUCAUGAGCUUCUCCUUCGCCGUGUACGUGUACAUCUCCCAGAAGCUCGUCUGCACGUACUGCGCUUGGCUCUCCAUGAUCAAUCACUAACUUGAUUGUGUAGUUGUCUAUAGCGUCACCUAUGAUUGUUUCUUUUAGAUGCAUAUGGAGUCUGUAAUUGUAAUAUAUUUAGCUCCAAUAAAGCUCCAGCUAUUACUGCUGCUUGCGUGAUUCUACUGAUCCAAUAAAGCUCCAGCUAUUACUUUAAA